GGGGCGGCGGGAGCCAUGUUGGGGCUGCGGGAGGAGCCGCCGCCGCCACCCCCGGCAGCAGCGGCAGCAGCAGCGGCGCGGCGCGGGGGGCGGCCAUCGCCGCCGCUUGGCGGGGGCGGCGCCGAGCCCAGCCGCCGUGCGCCCGGGCCGGGCGGCGGCCGCCGAGGCACCAUGGCGGCGGAGGAGCCGGCGGCCGCCCCGAGCCGCUGCCGCUGCCGCCACCGCCACCACCGGGGGCCGCCUCCGCUGCUGCUGCCGCCGCUGCUGCUGCUGCUCCCUUUGUUCCCCCCCGGGCUGGGCGCCGCCGCGCCGCCGCCGCCGGGCUGGGGGCCGCCGGCCCGCGGAGGCUGCCCCGCCGCCGCGCCGUGCUGGGCGGCGCCGGUGCCCCCGGGGCUGCCCGCCGCGCCGCGCCGCCGCUCCCCGUCGCGCUGCCCGCCCCGCGCCGCCCCGCCGCGCCCGCCGCCCUUCCUGUCCCCGUCCCCGGGGCGGCGGGGGCGGCGCGCAGCCCCCAACCGCCACCCGCUGUUCCCCCAGUACAACUACCAGGCGGAGGUGGCGGAGAACCAGCCGGCGGGGACGGCGGUGGUGGCGGUGGCGGCCCAGGACCCCGACGGGGGCGAGGCGGGGCGGCUGGUGUACUCCAUGGACGCCCUGAUGAACAGCCGCUCGCGGGAGCUUUUCAGCAUCGACCCGCGGGCCGGGCUCAUCACCACCACGCAGGCCCUGGACCGCGAGAGCAUGGAGCUGCACUACUUCCGCGUGACGGCCGCCGACCACGGGGCACCCCGGCUCUCCGCCACCACUAUGGUGGCCAUCGCCGUGGCCGACCGCAACGACCACGACCCCGUCUUCGAGCAGGGCGAGUACCGGGAGACCAUCCGGGAGAACGUGGAGGAGGGGUACCCCAUCCUGCAGCUGCGGGCCACCGACGUCGACUCCCCGCCCAACGCCAACAUCCGCUACCGCUUCGUCAAUGAGCGGGCCGCCCACGCCGUCUUCGAGAUCGACCCUCGCUCCGGCCUCAUCACCACCAGCGGGCCGGUGGACAGGGAGAAGAUGGAGCGGUACUCCUUGGUGGUGGAGGCCAAUGAUCAGGGGAGGGAGCCAGGGCCCCGCUCCGCCACGGUCAAGGUCUACAUCACGGUCCUUGACGAGAACGACAACACCCCUCAGUUCAGUGAGAAGCGCUACAUCGUCCAGGUGAGGGAAGACAUACGGCCGCAUACCGAGAUCCUGCGCGUCACCGCCACUGACCUGGACAAGGACAACAAUGCUCUGGUCCACUACAACAUCAUCAGCGGGAACAGCCGGGGCCAGUUCUCCAUCGACAGCGUCACCGGGGAGAUACAGGUGGUAGCCCCACUGGAUUUUGAGGUGGAGCGGGAGUACGCCCUGAGGAUCCGGGCUCAGGACGCGGGGCGCCCUCCCCUCUCUAACAACACUGGCAUGGCCAGCAUCCAGGUGGUGGACAUCAAUGACCAUGCCCCCAUUUUUGUCAGCACCCCUUUCCAAAUCUCUGUCCUGGAGAACGCUCCCCUUGGCCACUCCGUCAUCCACAUCCAGGCCGUGGACGCAGACUACGGCGAGAAUUCACGCCUGGAGUACAAACUGACAGGGGUCUCGGCUGACACGCCUUUUGUGGUGAACAGUGCCACGGGGUGGAUCACCGUCAGCGGGCCCUUGGACCGAGAGUCAGUCGAGCACUAUUUUUUUGGUGUAGAGGCUCGGGACCACGGCUCUCCGUCUUUAUCCGCCUCUGCCAGCGUCACCAUUACUGUCAUGGAUGUCAACGACAACCGCCCCGAGUUCACUCAGAAGGAGUACUUCAUCCGCCUGAACGAAGAUGCAGCUGUGGGGACCAGUGUCCUCAGCGUCACGGCAAUUGACCGGGAUGUGAACAGUGCCAUCACCUACCAGAUCACGGGAGGCAACACACGGAACCGCUUCUCCAUCAGCACGCAAGGUGGGAUGGGGCUCAUCACUCUGUCUCUGCCACUGGACUACAAGCAGGAGAGGCGCUAUGUGCUGACCGUGACAGCCUCCGAUCGCACUCUGCGUGACAACUGCCAUGUUCACAUCAACAUCACCGAUGCCAACACGCACCGGCCCGUGUUCCAGAGUGCCCACUACUCUGUGAGUAUUAACGAGGACCGGCCCGUGGGUAGCACUGUGGUGGUGAUCAGCGCCACAGAUGAUGAUGUGGGAGAAAACGCCCGCAUCACAUACUACCUAGAAGACAACGUCCCUCAGUUUCGCAUCGAUCCAGACUCCGGGGCCAUCACUCUCCAGGCAGAACUGGACUAUGAGGACCAGGUCACGUACACGUUGGCUAUUACUGCCAAGGACAACGGGAUCCCCCAGAAAGCGGACACUACCUAUGUUGAAAUCAUGGUGAAUGACGUUAAUGACAAUGCCCCCCAGUUUGUCAGCCCUCAUUACCAGGGCAUGAUCUCUGAGGACGCACCACCCUUCACCAGCGUGCUCCAGAUCUCUGCCACUGACAGGGAUGCCCACACCAACGGGCGAGUGCAGUACACCUUCCAGAACGGGGAGGAUGGGGAUGGAGACUUCACCAUAGAGCCCACCUCGGGGAUCAUUCGCACUGUCCGCAGGCUGGACCGUGAGAAUGUUCCCAUCUAUGAGUUGACUGCGUACGCUGUGGACAGGGGCAUCCCUCCUCAGCGAACUCCUGUCCAUAUCCAGGUUACCAUUCAGGAUGUGAACGACAACGCCCCUGUCUUUCCCGCUGAAGAGUUUGAGGUAUUGGUAAAGGAGAACAGCAUUGUAGGCUCUGUUGUGGCCCAAAUCACAGCUGUUGACCCGGAUGAGGGACCCAAUGCCCAGAUCAUGUAUCAAAUUGUGGAAGGCAACAUCCCUGAGAUAUUCCAGAUGGACAUCUUUUCUGGGGAGCUCACAGCCUUGAUAGACCUGGAUUAUGAGACAAAAUCUGAGUACGUGAUUGUAGUGCAGGCUACUUCUGCCCCUCUGGUCAGCAGAGCCACGGUCCACAUCAAACUCAUUGACCAGAAUGACAACAGCCCUGUUCUCAAGAACUUUCAGAUCCUGUUCAACAACUAUGUGUCCAAUAAGUCCAACACCUUCCCCUCGGGGGUCAUAGGGAAGGUCCCAGCUUAUGACCCAGAUGUAUCCGACCGCCUCUUCUACACCUUCGAGCGGGGAAAUGAACUGCACUUGUUGAUUGUAAAUCAAUCGAGCGGGGAGCUAAGGCUGAGCCGUAAGCUGGACAACAACCGUCCGCUCGUGGCUUCGAUGCUGGUGACUGUGACAGAUGGGAUCCACAGCGUGACAGCCCAGUGUGUCCUGCGGGUGCUCAUCAUCACGGAGGACAUGUUGGCCAACAGCAUCACGGUGCGGCUGGAGAACAUGUGGCAGGAGCGCUUCCUCUCCCCGCUGCUGGCCACCUUCCUGGAAGGGGUGGCCACCGUGCUCGCAACGCCCAAGGAGGACAUCUUCAUCUUCAACAUCCAGAAUGACACAGAUGUGGGUGGCACAGUGCUCAACGUCAGCUUCUCGGCCCUGGCGCCGCGAGGUGGGCGCUACUUCAGCUCGGAGGAGCUGCAGGAGCAGCUGUACAUGAAGCGCAUGGCGCUGACGGGCGCCUCCAUGCUGGAGGUGCUACCCUUCGAUGACAACGUCUGCCUGCGGGAGCCCUGCCAGAACUACAUGAAGUGCAUCUCCGUCCUCAAGUUCGACAGCUCAGCCCCCUUCAUUGCCUCCCCCUCCACCCUCUUUCGGCCCAUCCACCCCAUCACCGGCCUGCGAUGCCGCUGCCCACAGGGCUUCACUGGGGACUACUGUGAAACAGAGAUCAACCUCUGCUACUCCAACCCCUGCCUGAACGGUGGGAUCUGCACCCGCAAGGAGGGGGGAUACACGUGUGUUUGCCGCCAGCACUUCAGUGGCGAGAACUGUGAAGUGGACAGCCGCUCAGGGCGCUGCGUACCCGGCGUGUGCCGCAAUGGCGGCACCUGCACCAACAGUGCCGAUGGGGGCUUCCACUGCCAGUGCCCGGCAGGCGGCUUCGAGAUGCCCUUCUGCGAGGUGUCCACACGCUCCUUCCCACCACGAUCCUUCGUCAUGUUCCGGGGCCUGCGCCAGCGCUUCCACCUCACCCUUGCCCUCUCGUUCAGCACCGUGGAGCCCAGCGGCCUCCUGCUCUACAACGGGCGCCUGAAUGAGAGGCACGACUUCCUGGCGGUGGAGAUCAUCCAGGGGCAGGUCCAGCUGAAAUACUCCACAGGGGAGUCCAGCACGGUGGUGAGCCCCUACCUGCCGGGGGGGGUGAGUGAUGGGCAGUGGCACACGCUGCAGCUCCACUACUACAACAAGCCCAAGGUCAACACCCUAGGGGUGGUGCAGGGCCCCUCCAAGGACAAGGUGGCCAUCUUGACAGUGGACGAAUGUGACGCCUCAGUGGCCCUGCAGUUUGGCAGUGAGAUCGGGAACUACUCCUGUGCUGCAGAGGGUGUGCAGACCAGCUCGAAGAAGUCCCUGGACCUCACAGGUCCCUUGCUCCUUGGAGGGGUCCCCAACCUGCCGGAAAACUUCCCUGUCACUCACCGGGAUUUUGUGGGAUGCAUGAGAGACCUCUACAUUGACAGCAAACGCAUUGACCUGGCCUCCUACAUCGCCAACAAUGGAACUGCUGCAGGCUGCCAUGCCAAGCACACGUUCUGCGACUCCAGCCCCUGCAAGAACGGCGGCACCUGCUCUGUCAGCUGGGGGACCUACUCCUGCCUCUGUCCUGUUGGCUUCGGGGGCAAGGACUGCCGCCAUCCCAUGCACCAUGCCCACUAUUUCCAGGGCAACAGCGUCCUGACCUGGGACUUCAAGACAGAUGUGAAGAUCUCGGUGCCGUGGUACCUGGGGCUAGCCUUUCGGACACGCCAGCCUGACGGGGUACUUCUGCAAGCCCAUGCUGGCCAGUACACCACCCUGCUUUGCCAGCUGGCUGGGGGCCUGCUCUCCUUCAUGGUGAGCAGGGGGUCCGGGCGCAGCACCAGCCUCCUCUUGGACCAGCUGCGGCUCAGUGAUGGGAGAUGGCAUGACCUCCAGCUGGAGCUGCGGGAUGUCCGCAGCGGGCGAGACUCACGCUAUGUCAUCACCCUCACCCUGGACUUUGGGCUCUACCAGGAUACGGUGGUUGUUGGAAAUGAACUGCAUGGCCUGAAGGUGAAACACCUGCAUGUGGGGGGAGUCCUGGGCUCUGGCGAAGUGCAGAAUGGGCUGAGGGGCUGCAUACAGGGUGUGCGACUGGGUGACAGCGUCACUGGGACUGUGCUGCCCAAGCCCAGCCAUGCCCUGCGGGUGGAGGCUGGCUGCAGUGUGCCAAGUCCCUGCGACUCCAGCCCCUGCCCAGCCAACAGCGUCUGCAAAGACGAGUGGCAGAGCUACUCCUGUGUCUGCCAGCCAGGGUACUAUGGAGGGGACUGCGUGGAUGUGUGUCACCUCAACCCCUGCAAGAACAAGUCAGCGUGUCGCCGCAAGCCAGGCUCACCCCUGGGCUACGUGUGCGAGUGUGGAGGGAACUUUUUCGGGCAGUACUGUGAGCACAGGAUGGACCAGCAGUGUCCGAAGGGCUGGUGGGGGAACCCCACCUGCGGGCCCUGUAACUGUGAUGUGAACAAGGGCUUCGACCCCGACUGCAAUAAGACCAACGGGCAGUGCCACUGCAAGGACUUCCACUACCGCCCCAAAGGCAGCGACACCUGCCUGCCUUGUGACUGCUACCCGGUGGGCUCCACCUCACGCUCCUGUGACAAGGAGACUGGCCGGUGCCACUGCCGGCCUGGGGUCAUCGGGCGCCAGUGCAACAGCUGUGACAGCCCCUUUGCUGAGGUGACGCCCAGCGGCUGCGAGGUGCUCUAUGACGGCUGUCCCAAAAGCCUGAAGGCGGGUGUGUGGUGGCCCCAGACCAAGUUUGGCUUCUCAGCUGCGGUGCUGUGUCCCAAAGGCUCCUUGGGUGCGGCCGUCAGACACUGUGAUGAGGAGAAGGGCUGGCUGGAGCCAGAUCUCUUCAACUGCACUUCACCUGCCUUCAAGGAGCUCUCCACGCUGCUGGAGGGCUUGGAGAGGAACGAGACUGAGCUUAACACAAUUGAAGCAAAGAAGCUGGCCCACCGGCUCCGGGCUGUGACAGACCACAUGGACCACUACUUUGGCAAUGACGUGCACAUCACUUUCCGCCUGCUAUCCCGCCUCAUGGCCUUUGAGAGCCGGCAGCAUGGCUUUGGCCUGACAGCCACACAGGAUGCUCACUUUAAUGAGAACCUCCUGCGUGCAGGCAGCUCUGUGCUGGCACCUGAGAACCGGGAGCACUGGGCCAUGCUGCCACACAGUGAGCAUGGCAGUGCCAGCCUCAUGGAGCAGCUGAGGGACUACUCUGGCACACUGGCCAGCAACAUGAAACUCACCUACCUCAACCCUGUUGGCGUCGUCACCCCCAACAUCAUGCUGAGCAUCGAUCGCAUGGAGAAUCACUCCCACAUCCGCCGGCGCUACCCUCGCUACCACAGCAGCCUCUUCCGUGGCCAGCCCGCCUGGGACCCCCACACCCACGUUGUGCUGCCGCUGUCAGUGCUGAGCCCCCCGAAAGCUGAAGCUGCUCCCACGGCAGUGCCCACACUGGCUGGCGGUGAAGGAAACUACACUGUGGAGAACUCCUCCCCGAGGCAGGCGCUGCCAGAGCCUGAGCCCGCUCUCAGUGUGAUCAUCCUCAUCAUGUACCGCACCCUGGGGGGCCUGCUGCCUGCACGCUACCAGGUGGAUCGACGCAGUGUCAGGCUCCCCAAGAACCCCGUGAUGAACUCCCCCAUCGUAAGUGUGUCUGUGUUCAGCAAUCACACCUUCCUGCGGGGGCCCCUGGACACCCCCCUCGUGUUGGAAUUUCACCUGCUGGAGACUGCCAACAGGAGCAAACCUCUCUGCGUCCAGUGGAACCACUCCAACCCGACCAACCCCUCCGGCUUCUGGACAGCCAAGGACUGUGAGCUCGUGUACCGAAACACCACACACGUCCACUGCCAGUGCUCCCAGUUCGGCACCUUUGGAGUUCUGAUGGACAGCUCGCACCGAGAGCAACUGGAAGGUGACCUGGAGACCUUGGCAAUUGUCACUUAUUCCUUGGUGUCUCUCUCCUUGGUGGCUCUGCUGCUGACCUUCUCCUUCCUGACCUGCCUCAAAGGCCUCAAAUCCAACACACGUGGCAUCCACUCCAACAUAUCAGUCACCCUCUUCUUCUCUGAGCUGCUUUUUCUCCUGGGCAUUAACCGCACUGAGAACCAGUUUCUUUGCACUGUGAUUGCCAUCCUCCUCCACUGCUUCUUCCUCUCCACCUUCGCCUGGCUCUUCGUCCAGGGCCUUCACAUCUACCGCAUGCAGACUGAAGCCCGCAAUAUUAACUUUGGGGCCAUGCGUUUCUACUAUGCCAUUGGCUGGGGAGUGCCUGCCAUCAUCACCGGUCUGGCCGUUGGCCUGGAUCCUGAGGGCUAUGGGAACCCUGACUUCUGCUGGAUUUCCAUUCAUGAUAAGCUGGUCUGGAGCUUUGCAGGCCCCAUUACUGUCGUCAUUGUGAUGAAUGGGGUCAUGUUCCUGCUUGUGGCCAAGAUGUCCUGUUCCCCAGGCCAAAAGGAGACUAAGAAGAAAUCGGUUCUCAUGACGUUACGGAGCUCCUUUGUUCUGCUUCUAGUUAUUAGCACUACCUGGCUGUUUGGCCUCUUGGCUGUCAACAACAGUGUCCUGGCUUUCCACUACCUCUACACUGUCCUCUGCAGCCUCCAGGGCCUGGCUGUGCUGGUCCUGUUCUGCGUGCUGAAUGAGGAGGUGCAGGAGGCUUGGAAGCUGGCCUGUCUCAGCAAGAAGGGCCAGAGCGAGGAGGCCACAAGGAGCACACAGGGCCCCAAUGCCUACAACAACACAGCGCUGUUUGAGGAGAGCGGGCUCAUCCGCAUCACCCUGGGGGCCUCCACCAUCUCGUCAGUGAGCAGCGUGCGCUCUGCCCGCACCCACUCCAGCCAGCGGGCUUACCUCCGAGACAACGUGACAGCACGUCAGGGCUCGGCCCUAGAUCACAGCCUGCUGGCUCACGCUGGCCCCACGGACAUUGAUGUGGCCAUGUUCCACCGCGAUGCUGGGGGAGACCAGGACUCGGACUCGGACAGUGACCUGUCUCUGGAUGAAGAGCGCAGCCUCUCCAUCCCAUCCUCGGAGAGUGAGGAGAACGUACGCCUGCGGUGCCGCUUCCAGCGCCAGUUCAAGCGGGCAGCGCACAGCGAGCGCCUCCUCACUAACCCUGCCAACACCACUCCCAAAGAUGUGGAUGGCAAUGACCUCAUGUCGUACUGGCCAGCUCUGGGCGAGUGCGAGGUUCACCCCUGCUCCCUGCAGAAGUGGGGCUCUGAGCGGAAGCUGGGCUUUGACAUCAACAAGGAUGCAGCCAACAAUAAUCAGCCAGACCUGGCCUUGACCAGUGGAGAUGAGAACUCCCUCACCCAGACACAACGGCAAAGAAAAGGGAUUUUGAAGAACCGCCUCCAGUACCCUCCAACUCUCCAAGGCCUGCCAUCCGUUGGCAGGAUGACCAAUGAGCUGACAUGGUACAAGACCUCCACGCUGGGUCACAGGGCUGUCCCUGCUGCCUCCUACGGCAGGAUCUACUCUGGGGCAGGCAGUCUGUCACAGCCAGCCAGCCGGUACUCGUCACGGGAGCAGCUUGACAUGCUGAUGAGGAGACAGAUGUCCCGGGAGCAGCUGAGCAGACACAACUCAGGAGAGUGCUUGGAAGCUGUGCCCAGCCGACAUGGGUCCAGGGAGGAGCUGGGCACUAUUCCCAGCAGGCAUGGGUCUACUGAACACCUGGAAAGUAUUCCAAGCAGACAUGGGUCUAGGGAAAACUUGGAUCUACUCGCUGCUAGGCCCAGUCAGAGAGAUCAUGGGAACACACUGCCCCGGAGGCAGGGCUCCAGAGACCACCUUGACACUUUACCCUGCAGAUUUGGGUCAAGAGAGCAGCUAGACUGUGGGCCAGUGAGAGAGGUCUCUAGAGAGUGGCUAAACACAUUGCCAAGUAGGCAAGUGUCCAGAGACCGAAUAGACACAUUGCCAAGUCGAGAUACUUCUCGAGAACAACUGGAUUUGCUUUCUAGAAGACAGCCUUCAAGGGACCAGCUAGCAUCAGCUAGACAGACUUCAAGGGAGCAGCUGGACUUUCUGUCCAGAAGAUCUAAUUCCAGAGAGCCUCUGGACACAGUGCCUAGCAGGCAUCCCUCACAGGACAACCUGGGGAGUCUCUCUAGGAGGCAGCUGUCUAGGGAAAGCCUAGAGCCGCUGUCGAGGAGACAGCCUUCUAGAGAGAACCUGGAGGCCAUUCCCAGCCGACAUCCUUCUACUGAACAGUUAGAUAUCCUUUCUUCCAUCCUUGCUUCUUUUAACUCCUCUGUCCUGUCCUCGGUGCAAUCUUCUAGCACGCCUUCAGGCCCCCAGACCACUGCCACCCCCUCUGCCGUGCAGACCUCAACGCCCUCUGCAAUGUGCCCCUCGACACCUCGCUCUGCCACCUCCCACAGCAUUUCGGAGCUGUCGCCAGACUCGGAGUAAGUGUGUCCCUUCCUCAGCCAGGCCUUGUUCAGCUGGGCUUGUGCACUGUUCACCUGCCUGGCUUCCCAAAGGGAGUUUGGGAGGAGAGGGCUGUGUAAUGAUGAGCCCCUGGAGUGACUGGGCCGGUCAGGAAGCGGGAGUCAGUCUGCGGCUUGGGACACCUGGCUCCAAUGUUCAGCCUCCACUGCCAAGUCCCUGCUCUUUCGCUUCCUGCCCUUCCUGCACUGGCUGCCCCGCUACCCAUUCAAAGACUGGCUCCUGGGUGACAUUGCCUCGGGGUUCAGUGUGGGCAUCAUGCACCUGCCCCAGGGGCUUGCCUACGCGCUGCUGGCCGGGCUGCCACCCGUCACUGGUCUCUAUUCCUCCUUUUACCCCGUCUUCCUCUACUUCUUCUUCGGGACGUCCAGGCACAACUCUGUGGAGGUGCUGGUGCUGACCUUGGGCUCCCUGCCCACACCCUGCCUGUCCCCAGGCCCCUUCGCUGUCAUCUCCGUCAUGAUCGGGAGCUUGACAGACUCUCUGCUGCCCAGCGAGAAAUUCCUGGAAUCUGUCAAUGGCAGCAACAUGACAGUCAAUGAGGCACAGCGGGAUGCUGCCAGGGUGGAGCUGGUGGCCACCAUCACUGUCCUGACAGGCAUCUUCCAGGUGGCCCUGGGCCUCCUGCAGUUUGGUUUCGUGGUGACCUACCUCUCAGACCCACUGGUGCGCGGCUACACCACUGCUGCCUCUGUGCAUGUCCUCAUCUCCCAGCUCAAGAAUGUCUUCGGGGUCUCUGUCGGGGAGCACUCAGGGCCGCUCUCAAUGUUCAUGACCUUCAUCGAGAUCUGCCAGAAGCUGCCAGAGACCAACGUGGGCACCCUGGUGACAGCCAUCAUUGCCAUGGUGGCCAUCUUCAUCGUGAAAGAGCUCAACCACAAGCUGGCUUCCAAGCUGCCCAUGCCCAUCCCCAUCGAGCUUAUCACGAUCAUCAUCUCCACUGGCAUUUCCUACGGCGUCAACCUGAAUGCCAAGUUUGGCAUCUCUGUGGUGGGCAACAUUCCCAGCGGGUUGAAGCCACCUGUGGCCCCUAACGCCAGCUACUUUGGGCAGGUGGUGGGCAAUGCCUUCGCCAUUGCUGUGGUGGGCUAUGCCAUCUGCAUCUCCCUGGGCAAGAUCUUUGCCCUGAAGCACGGCUACAAAGUGGACAGCAACCAGGAGCUGAUUGCGCUGGGCCUCUGCAACUUCCUAGGUGGCUUCUUCCAGUGUUUUGCCAUCAGCUGCUCCAUGUCACGGAGCCUGGUACAGGAGAGCACAGGGGGCAAUAGCCAGGUAGCUGGUGUCAUCGCAUCGCUGGUCAUCCUGGUGACCAUCCUGAAGGUUGGAGAGCUCUUCCGGGACCUGCCCAAGGCUAUCUUGUCUGCUAUCAUCAUCAUCAACCUCAAAGGCAUGUUCAAGCAGUUCAAUGACCUCUGCAUGCUCUGGAAGUCCAACCGGGUGGACCUGGUGGUCUGGAUUGUGACAUUCGUGGCCACCCUCAUACUGAACUUGGACAUUGGCUUGGCGGCCUCAGUGGGUUUUGGGCUGCUCACUGUCAUCUUCCGCACCCAGCUCCCCCACUACUCCAUCCUGGGGCGCAUCGCCGAUACUGAUGUCUACAGGGACGUGGCUGAAUAUCAGACGGCACAGGAGAUCUCCGGUGUGAAGAUUUUCCGUUCCUCCUCCACCCUCUAUUUUGCCAACGUGGAGCUGUAUGCUGAGGCCCUGAAGAAGAAGAGUGGCAUCAACGUGGACCGCCUGAUUGAGAAGAAGAAGAAGGCCCUCAAGAAGCUGAAGAAACAGCAGAAGAAAGCAGAGAAGGAGAAGGCAAAGUGGAAAAAGGACACAGAGGAUGGGCACAAUGGUCCGGACAUAGCAGUGAUCGAGCUGAGUGGGGCAGAGGGUAGCACACCCCCCAAGCCCACCCUGCGUACCCUGGGGCUGCCCCAGCCUGGCUUGCACGCCAUCAUCUUGGACUUCAGCCCCGUCAGCUUUGUGGACACUGUCUCUAUCAAGAUCCUGAAGAAUAUCUUCAGGGAUUUCCAUGAGAUAGAAGUGGACGUCUUUGUUGCCGGCUGCCCGGUGCCCGUCCUUGACCAGCUGGAGCGGGGCAACUUCUUCAGCUCAGCCAUCACGAAGCACUGCUUCUUCCCCUCGGUGCAUGACGCCGUGGUCCACAUCAGCAGGGAGCAGCGCGGGGCCUCGGUGGACCUCAGCACCAGAAUGUAGCCCUGCAAGAGGAAGAUGUCUCCCUGAGGAGCUGGGCGGGCAAGGAGGGCUUUGCUUUGGCACCAACUCAGCCACCCCAAGGCCUGGAGGCCUUGUAACCCCACCAGCACCUCCGGACUGUGAGAGCUGGGGCCCUGCCCUGGCUGUGAGCUCCCCCGCGACAGAGCUGCUCCAGCUGUCCCAACAGCUGUCCCAACAGCUGUCCCAACAGCUGUCCCAACAGGGUGCCUCGUGCCCCUGCUCGGGCCCGGCCCACCAGGCCAGGCCUGCUUUGGGGGGUGGCAGAGGGGGCCCCACACCAGGCCAAGGGGGGUCUGCUCCCGGCAGUGAGCUGGCAUCACGGAUUAAACGGU